AUGAAAGCUUACUUAAAAGCUUUCGAUUUGUGGGAUAUGGUUAUUGAGAUAGAUAAACAACCAAAUCUGCCGCCUGAAAAUCCAACAUUGAAUCAAAUUAAGCAUCAUUCUGAAGAAGUAGCUAAGAGGUAUGAGGUUUUAUCUUGUAUCCAUUUUGCUGUAUCAAAGGUGAUGUUUGCGAAGAUCAUGGCCCUUGAGACAGCAAAGGAGGCAUGGGAUAAGUUGAAAUUGGAAUUCCAUGGAAGUGACAAAUCUAAGCAAAUGCAAAUUUUCAAUUUAAAAAGGAAGUUUGCCUUGCUUAGAAUGAAAAAGGAUGAAUUAGUUAAAGAUUACAUUGAUAGGCUAAUGAAGAUUGUGAACCAACUUACUCUUCUUGGAGAACUAAUUUCUAAAAAUAAAGUUGUAGCACAAGUAUUGGUGAGUUUGCCAGAAAAGUUUGAGGCAAAGAUCUUUUCAUUGGAAGAUUCGAAAGACAUGAGCAUCAUAACCAUUUCAGAGCUUUCAAACUCCUUACAAGUUGUGGAAUUGAGACAAGUGAAAGAUGAGUCUAACUUGCAAAGUAAAAAUAUGGCAGAAGAUGAGCUACAAGGUAGCAAUGAUGAUGAAGAUAGAGCACCUAAAAUGAAAUCACUUGCUAAUAUUUAUAACAAGUGUAAUAUAGUUGUAUUUGAGCUUGUAACAUAUGAAAAAGCAUCAAGGUUUUCGCCCACUCAAGCCAAUAGAAAAUUAGAAAAUGAUAACAAAAAAAUUAUAGAAUUAAUAAAAGGCAUCAUCAAGAAAAGAGAGGAGGCACUGAAAGUUGGAGAAGCAAGUUAUGAUGAUCUAUUGGUUUUAUUAGUGAAAUCAAAUCAUAGAGAAAUUCAAGAGCAUGAGAAUAAAGAAAGUGGAAUGAGUAUUGAAGAAGUGAUUGAGGAGUGCAAACCUUUUUAUCUUGCUGGACAAGAGACUACUGCAAAUUUGAUUGAAUAG